AUGGCCCUCAAUGAGGUCCGUGUUGAGAAUGUUGACAUCACUUCCUCGUUCUGGUCUCCGAUCCAGAAACGUGCGAGGGAGAAAGCGACCCCAGCUAUGAUCAAGAGGCAGAAAGAAUUGGGCUAUUGGGAUUGUCUGACCUGGAAAGAAGGUGACCCGAGGAAAAUAGGAAUUUUCUGGGAAAGCGACAUCUUUAAAACCAUUGAAGCAUGCUGCUACUUCCUCAUGACGAAGCCCGACGAUGCGCUCAUGGCAGAAGUUGAAUCUGCCAUCGACAUGAUCCGCCUCGCGCAACAUCCAGAUGGGUAUAUCAACAGUUACUACACGGUGACUGGCCGAUCCGGGCGAUGGACGAACCUGCGGGACAUGCAUGAGCUCUACUGCCUAGGCCAUCUAAUCGAGGCCUGCGUCGCCUACGAAUUGCUCACUAAAAGCGGACGGCUGCUCGAGCCUGUCCGGAAGGCAAUCGAGCAUGUGGACUCUAUAUUCGGGGACGAGCCAGGCAAGCAAAGAGGGUAUCCUGGACACCAGGAGAUCGAAAUCGCCUUACUUCGGCUGUACGAGAUGACGGGGGAGAAGCUGUUCUUUAAAGUCGCGGAAUACUUCCUGAACGAACGGGGCAGGCGAGACGAGAACGGCGAAAUCUAUUUCGACAUUGAGGCACACCGACGAGGCGGGGAUCCGUAUGUUAACAUGUUCUUCGAGAUGAAGGCGUGGUAUCGGUUUCCCCGAGAUUACGCAUACCACCAGGCAGACUGCCUGCUUCUGGAGGCCACGGAGCUAAAAGGCCACGCAGUCCGGGCCAUGUACUAUGUCACUGCUGCAACGGAUUUGUGCCGCCUCACCGUCGAUCCCAAGAUCAAGGCCAGCAUCGACCGCCUGUGGAGGGACAUGGUCGACAAGAAGAUCUACAUCACCGGGGGCCUCGGCGCAAUACGGCAGUGGGAGGGAUUCGGCGAACCCUAUUUCCUGCAAGACACAGAACGCGAAGGAACAUGCUACGCCGAAACAUGCGCCUGUUUCGCCAUGAUCCUCUGGUGCCAGCGGCUGCUGCGCCUCGAGCUCGUCUCGGAAUACAGCGACACGAUGGAGAUCGGGCUGUACAAUGGGUUCCUGGGCGCCAUUGGCUUGGACGGCGUCUCGUUCUACUAUGAGAAUCCACUGAGAACGUACACGGGCCAGCCUAAGCUCCGAACCCCUUGGCUGGACUGUGCAUGUUGUCCGCCGAAUGUCGCGAAGCUGCUUGGACUGCUCGGCACCCUUGUGUACUCCUACACUCCGGAUCCAUCGCUUAUUGCUAUCCAUCUAUACAUGGAUAGUACCUUCUCGGUGCCUGGCUCCAGCGCCGUUGUCUCACAGGUGACCAAGAUGCCGUGGUCUGGCGAAGUCGAGAUCAAAGUCCAGGGAAGAGCGAAGCUUGCAUUACGCAUUCCUGGAUGGGCCCAUGGGGUGUUCAAGUGCUCGGUACCAGGAACACAAAAGACGGGUUAUCUCUACGUUGAUGUGGAGGACACGGUGGUGUCAUUGCAGUUCAACAUGGAGGCACGAAGGGUAUACACAAACCCCAGUACCAAUAAGGAUGAAGUAUGCCUCAUGCGCGGCCCAUUGGUGUACUGCAUCGAGGACGUGGACAAUGACGGGGUGGAUAUCGAUAAGAUUGCGUUACUGGAUGAGCCUCUAUCUGAAGGCCAGCCCUCGCAAAUCGCCGGGGUCGACUCGGUGGUCCCGAUUGUGGCGGUGGGGAAGGAGAUUAUCAAUGCCGAGUCCUCGCUAUAUCGACCUCAGCCGUGGCAGUUGACUCCCAGCUCCAAGAGUCUCACAUAUGUGCCAUUUUUCCUCCGAGCCAAUCGUGGCGGGAACGGGGGCAUGCGGGUUUGGUCGAAGUAUUCGAGUGCAAGGUCAACGUGA